CGUCGGAAAAUUUUAUCUGCUCAUGUAAACAAACCUUUGCUCAGUCAGUUCUUACAUUUCUUUGGAAAGUUUUUCCGUAAAACCUGCACGAUUCUACAACGGAUCGUAUAGCUAGCUAGAGGGCAGCUCAUUAUGCGAUGCAGUUCUUAAACAUGGCUUUGCAGACAACCAACAAAGACACGGCAUAUGUGUUGUGAGUACGUACGUACUGAAACGUCGACCGGUACCGCAGCCAAAAGCCCAAAAGGCACCACAAAUCAUGGUGUCCACCGCGCACGCACCCAAGCACUGAGCCACUGGCUCUCACGUAUAUAUUUGCUAUAUAUAUACAAGAGCCAGGUCUACUGGAUGCCUGAUAGUACGAGAUAUAGCUUCUUCAGAAACCAUCGAAAACCAGCCACCACACGCCUCGCGCAACAUGCUGCCUCACGUCGAGAUGCCGGCCAGGGCGGCGGCCGCGUGCACCGGCGCGGCGGGCAUCAAGCUGUUCGGCAAGGUCAUCACCACGCAGCCGCCGCAGCAGCCCAUGCAGCACGCGCCGCCGAGGCUGCAGCAGCAGCAGGCGUCGUCGGGGCGCGGGAACAACGCCGACCUGCUGGAGGAGGUGGCGCGGGCGCGCGCGGCGGCGGCCGAGGUGCGGCUGCCGUGCCCACGCUGCUUGAGCCGGGACACCAAGUUCUGCUACUUCAACAACUACAACGUCAACCAGCCGCGCCACUUCUGCCGGGCCUGCCACCGCUACUGGACGGCCGGCGGCGCGAUCCGCAACGUGCCGAUCGGCUCCGGCCGCCGCAAGAACCGCCCCGUGCUGCUCCCACCGCCGGCGCCGCAUCACGCUGCCACCGCCACCGCCAGCAGCGCCGACGAUAACGACCACCGCUCGGGCUCGGGGUCUCCUCCGGUGUUCACGUCUGUGUUCACCGCGCCCUACCUCGGCGGCUCCCCCUCCCAGUUCACCACAUCGCCGGCUUACGCCGCCGCCGCCGCCGCUGCCGCCGGCCACCCGGGGACGACGACGGGGCAGUGCUUGUGGCUGGUGGCGACCACAGAUCGUCCUGUUGCAUCGGACCGCGCUUUUCUGAUAUGAUGAUGUGAAAAAUAAAUAAAAAUGAUGUGAUUUUAAUUUGCUUGGUUACUCACGCUCCGAGCUUUUCACGGAUGGAACCGGCGGUUUCGGUGUGGUGGAUAGGGUAGGGUUUGACCUGGUAACAAUUUUGAGUGCAUGCUCGGGCUUUUUUUAGGUGUAGCUGUCAGCUGUGUAAUCCAAGUGUCUGUUCUAACCUUUUCUUUUGACUUUGCAUCAAACUUUUCUGAAGGUUGUUUAAGUCCUUUUUUGGGAACUUUUGUGGGCUUGGGAUGUAAUUUAACUUGACUAGAAACAUGUCUAUGCAUUUCAGUGGGAGUGAGGGGGUGCUGCUAUGGUUAUAUAGUAAUUGACUGGAAACAUCCCUAUGUUGUUAAAUUUUGAUGUUGUUAUGAAGAAUGAAGUGAGCCAGUGAUUGUCUGUCACACACUGACAAUGCAAACUCCAAUUGACGACAGGUCGCGCUCUAGCACGAGCAUGCGACCGUACCCACACAGCCUGUGCCUUCUUGUAUCCUGUCUCUUUUCUUCUCCAUCUCCACUGGGUUUAGAAAAGAGGGUCGUGGGAGGCAGGCAGGCCCGACGUUGGGGACCGGAGAGAUGGCAGUGAGGCAGAGGCGACAGUGACGCCACCGGAGCAGGCGGCUAGACAAGGUUGGAUCAAGGGUGACCAAGGCCAUGGCAAUGGAGGGGGAGGAGGUUGUUGUGAGCGUUGUAGGAUCUUGACAAAGCUCUGAGGCUGCGGGCACAAGGUGGAGCUCCGACGAGACCCUAUUAUGUUGCGACGGGGUGACGCUAGGACUAUGAGUUUGAGGUUUAGGAUUUA